UCACCUUCAAUUUUAUUUAUCGCUUGAGAUCCAUGUGGUCAAACUCUCCAUAUACAGUUAUAUAAUAAUAAAGUGAAACCUAGCUAAUGGGCCAUCUUCUCCACUUAUUAAUUCUCUUCCUAAAUUAUUCAUUCAUUAAUUCUCUCUCUCAUAUAGAUAUCAUAUGCUCUCCCACCAAUUCUCUCUCAUAUAUAUCAUAUGCUCUCCCACCAUACUUGCACAAUUAUUCAUCACCAAUUUUGUACUAGAAUUAUUAAUCAUGGCUGCUUCCUCUUCUCUAUCCACUCUCUCUUGUUUCUCCACUUGCAGUCUCCCAUCUUCUUCCCAAACCAAACCACCACGAAAAGUGGCUUUGCGGCUCAUCACCGCCACCUUAUCGGAAAAGCCACCGACCUCGAAACCAGCGGCGCCGGCGAAACUCCCGAUGAGAAAGAUCCCCGGCGACUACGGGCUCCCCCUGAUCGGGCCGUGGAGAGACAGGCAGGACUACUUCUACAACCAAGGCAGAGAUGAAUUCUUCAAAUCAAGAAUCCAGAAAUACCAGUCCACCGUCUACAGAACCAACAUGCCGCCGGGUCCCUUCAUCUCCUUCCGCCCCAACGUCGUCGCUCUCCUCGACGGCAAGAGCUUCCCGGCGCUCUUCGACACCGACAACGUCGAGAAAAGGGACCUCUUCACCGGCACCUUCAUGCCCUCCACCGACCUCACCGGCGGCUACCGGACCCUCUCCUACCUCGACCCCUCCGAGCCCAACCACGCCAAGCUCAAGAACCUCAUGUUCUUCAUGCUCUCCUCCCGCCGCGACCACGUCAUCCCGGAGUUCCACGCCACCUACGUCCAGAUGUUUCAAGGUUUGGAGGCCGAGCUCGCCGCCAAAGGGAAGGCCAGCUUCGGCGCCGCAAACGACGUCGCCGCGUUUAACUUCCUAGCCCGAUCCUUCUACGGCGUCAGCCCCAACGAGAGCAAGCUGGGGCCCGACGGCCCGAGCAUCGUCGCGAAAUGGGUCCUCUUUCAGCUCCACCCGCUCCUCCGCCUCGGGCUGCCCCGACCCGUGGAAGACGGGCUGCUCCACACCUUCACCCUCCCGCCGUUUUUGAUCAAGAAGGACUACACGCGCCUCUACGACUUCUUCUACGACAACUCCUCGCCGAUCCUGGACCACGCCGAGACCCUGGGCGUGGCCCGCGACGAGGCCUGCCACAACCUCGUCUUCGCCACGUGCUUCAACACCUUCGGCGGCAUGAAGAUCUUCUUCCCCAACAUGCUCAAGUGGGUCGGCCGCGCCGGCGCCAGGCUCCACGCCGACCUGGCCAGGGAGAUCCGCUCGGCCGUCAAAUCCAGCGGCGCCGUCAGCAUGGGGGCCAUGGAGAGCAUGCCGCUGAUGAAGUCGGUCGUGUACGAGGCGCUGCGGAUCGAGCCGCCGGUGCCGUCGCAGUACGCCAAGGCGAAGCGCGACUUCGUGAUCGAGUCCCACGAGGCGGCGUUCCAGAUCAGGGAAGGGGAGAUGCUGUACGGGUUCCAGCCGCUAGCCACCAAGGACCCCAAGAUAUUCGACCGCGCCGAGGAGUUCGUGGCGGAUCGGUUCGUCGGCGAGGAGGGGGAGAAGCUGCUCAAGCACGUGCUCUGGUCAAACGGCCCGGAAAAUGAGAGCCCCACGCUUCAUAACAAGCAGUGCGCCGGGAAGGAUUUUGUGGUGCUCAUCUCCCGGUUGCUGCUGGUUGAAUUCUUCCUCCGCUACGACUCCUUUGAUAUCGAGGUCGCCGCCUCGCCGUUGGGCGCCGCCGUAACUGUAACGUCGCUCAAACGGGCUACUUUCUAAUUAACAUUUCUUGAUUUUUAUUAUACUCAAUAAGAGAUUUUUUUUAUUGGAGACUGUUUUUUUUCAACGGUACUGGUGGCUUAAUUUGUGAUUAAUUAAUGAGACUAUACUGUUUUGGAUGUAUGGCGAAUUAUUUUAAGUUUGUGUAACUAGAUUCUGGUGUUAGAUCCACUAGGACUACUGUACAGUCUUCUCUCUCUCUCUCGAAUUAAUUAAUGUAUGGGUUAAGAUCCUCUA